AUGGGCAGACUCCAAGGGCCAGAGAGUCUUCUGCAUCACGGAGAGAAAGCUCCCCGUUCAACGGAGGGAACAAUCACCGUCCGCAUCUUUGAAGAUGCGCCCAUCAAGCUGUCCCGGGCAGAAACAAGAAGCGUGGGCUAUAUCAACCUCACGUGCGCUGGUGUUCCGCAACCUCGACACGAACACCACAAGUGCAAGCGGAUCGCCAAUGAUCUUCAGGGCGAGGUUGUUGUCUUCGAUGUCGACUACCGUCUUGCCCCCGAGCAUCCUUAUCCAACCGCCAUUGAGGAUUGCUGGGCGGCUGUCCAGUGGGUGAGAAGCAGAGCCAUCGAGUUCCACUUGGACCUCUCCAGACUGGCUGUUGGAGGCGCAUCUGCCGGCGGCCAUCUUGCGGCUGUGAUGGCACAUCUGUGCAGAGAUUAUGGCUAUCCCCUCAAGCUGCAGCUCCUCAUUGUCCCGGUCGUUGACAUGCACAGCUCCUUCACUGCAGACGGCAAGUUUGACCGUGAAAUUACCCCAUACGAGUCGUACCGCGAGAUGGAGCACACUGUUCCCCUGCCAGCCGAGCGUAUGGCAUACUUCCACCGCCAAUGGCUUGGGGUUCCUCGCCCUGAGCCAUCUGAAGACGACUGGAUGAUCUCACCCAUCUCUGCCCCCAACUUCGCCGACCUGGCUCCUGCCAUCGUCUGGACCGCUGAGAUGGACCCCCUUCGCGACGAAGGCGCUGCCUAUGCGAAGAAGCUGGAGUCCGCAGGGGUCAAGGUCGAGCAUAUCUGUGUCCCCGGAGCGCCCCAUACGUUCUCCCACCACGACGCCAUCCUCGAGGGCGGCAAGCUCUUCAAGAAGCAGUCCAUCGCUGCCCUGGCCAACGCUCUCCGUGACACCGGCCUCUGA